GAUCCUGGGAGGGGUUGUGUCCCAGCUCCGCUCCCCGUCCGCUCCAGCUCCCGGCCAUUCGGCAAAACUGCGGACACCGCCGCCCAGACGCUCCGGGUGCAGGAGGUUUGUGGCUGAGUCUCUGUCCUUUGCCGGACCUUCCCCCCACCCUCCCUCGCUGGGACACCGCUGCUGUGGGUGAACCAACACAAAGGCGACCAUGUUCAGCUGGAUGAAGAAGAACCAGAAGAGGACCCCCGAGGUGAUCCACACGGUGACCGAGGGGCUGAAGCGGCUGUACCGGAGCAAGCUGCUGCCCCUGGAGCAGUUCUACCGCUUCCACGACUUUCACUCGCCCUCCCUGGAGGACGCCGACUUCGACAACAAGCCCAUGAUCCUGGUGGUGGGCCAGUACUCCACCGGGAAGACCACCUUCAUCCAGUACCUGCUGGAGGAGGACUUCCCCGGGAGCAGGGUGGGUCCCGAGCCCACCACCGACUCCUUCAUCGCCGUCAUGCACGGGGACGUGGAGAGCGUGAUCCCGGGGAACGCCCUGAUCGUCGACCCCAACAAACCCUUCCGAAAGCUCAAUCCCUUCGGCAAUUCCUUCCUCAACAGGUUAACGUGUGCCCAGCUGCCGAACAAAGUUCUGGAGAGCAUCAGCAUCAUUGACACCCCGGGGAUUCUGUCAGGAGCCAAGCAGAGGGUGAGCAGAGGUUACGACUACCCAGCAGUGCUGCAGUGGUUUGCGGAACGAGUGGACCGGAUCAUCCUCCUGUUCGAUGCCCACAAGCUGGAGAUCUCAGAUGAGUUCUCGGAAGCCAUCCGAGCUCUGAAGGGCAACGAGGACAAGAUCCGGGUGGUGCUCAACAAGGCUGACCAAGUGGACACCCAGCAGCUGAUGAGGGUCUACGGAGCCCUGAUGUGGUCCCUCGGCAAAGUCAUCAACACCCCUGAGGUUCUCCGAGUCUACAUCGGCUCCUUCUGGUCCGAGCCCCUCCUCAUUUCCGAUAACCGGAAGCUCUUCGAGUUGGAGGAACAAGACCUCUUCCAGGAUCUCCAAAACCUGCCCAGGAACGCUGCCCUGAGGAAACUCAACGAUCUGGUGAAGAGGGCAAGGCUCGUGAGGGUCCACGCCCACAUCAUGAGCCACCUGAAGAAGGAAAUGCCUUCAAUGUUUGGGAAAGAAAAUAAGAAGAAACAGCUGAUUUCAAAACUGGGACAAAUAUUCGCCAAGAUCCAGUUGGAGCAUCACAUCUCUCCGGGAGACUUCCCAGACUGCACAAAAAUGCAGGAGCAGCUCAUGAUCCAUGAUUUCACCAAGUUCCCCUCUCUCAAGCCCAAGAUGAUGGAGGCGCUGGAUGACAUGCUGACCUACGAGAUUGCCAAGCUGAUGCCUCUGGUGAGACAGGAAGAGCUGGAAAUGCCAGAGCAGAUGGUGCACGGUGGAGCGUUUGAUGGGACCUCCAACGGGCCAUUCAUAGAAGGGAUCUGCGAUGGGGCCUACGAGGCAGCGGAUGAUGAUGAGUGGGUUGUCACGAAGGACAAGCCAAAGUACGACGAGAUCUUCUACAACCUGUCGCCGACAGAUGGGAAAAUCAAUGGGGUCAAGGCCAAGAACUGGAUGGUAACCACCAAACUGCCAAACUCCGUCCUUGGCAAGAUCUGGAAGCUUUCUGACGUUGAUAAGGACGGGAUGCUGGAUGACGAAGAGUUUGCCCUGGCCAGCCAUCUCAUUGAGGUCAAGUUGGAUGGCCAUGGGCUGCCCAGCGAGUUGCCAGGUUACCUGGUCCCCCCGUCCAAGAGGAGACAGGUGGGAUCGGCUGAGUAACCUCUGCGGAGGAAGCGGAGGUCUUCUGCUCGAUAAGUGAUUGCUGCAGACUGUGUCCUGGAGACAGGAGGGGCUGAGGGGAAGGGGGAAAGUGAUUGGCCUUUGUGGAUUUAUUCUGGAUCGAUGCUGAUCCCAAACUGUCUCCAGGACCAUGGGUCCCAUCUCUCUCUUUGCAAAGUUACACACUGUUGCUUAAAACUCCUUCACCUGUCAAUUGAAGUGUAAGGUGGUGCAAGGUGCAGGGGUUAAGGCUGCCCUUUUCCCCCCAAAGACCACCACAGCAUUUCCCCAAAUUCUGCUUGCUCGCUCCUCCCGCUGUUAAUCUUUCAUACAUUUGUGGCACCAAAGUUCUUUCACACAUUUCCAAUCAAUUCCGAUUCCCCAGGAACCGUUCAGAAGGCACCUUAGCCCUGACUCUCUUGUGUAGAUCAAGCCCUAAGCCCCCCACCCCCAUGCCCCCUGAGAAUUCACAAACCAAGGUAUCCCCAGUUUAGCCUGCAACCACCUAGUAACACAGAGGGACUAGGCCUCCGACACCAAACCUGGAUCAUGCCCAGUGAUCCUCCUCCUGUGUGAGGUCACCUCUCACCUCCCCUCACCCUGCUUCCACUGGCUUGGCUUAGCUUGAAGUAGGGGCCAAGGUUAAAUGCUAAUACAAAAUCAGAAUUCUGCUGGAAAUUCUGAAAUAGAAACAGAAAGUGCUGAGAAAGCCGAAUGUGUCCAGCACCAACGAGUUAACAUUUCAGACCAAUCACCUGUCAAUUAGAGCAAUGCACAAAAUGCUGGAGGAACUCAACGGGUCCUGAUGAAGGGUCCUGACAAAGAGUCUUGACCCAAAAUGUCCACUGUCCAUCUCUCUCCACAGAUGCUGCCUGACCCGCCGAGUUCCUCCAGCACUUUGUGCAUUGCUCCAGAUUUCCAGCAUCUGCAGUCUCUCGUGUCGCCACCUUUUUAACAGAACUCCCUGAUGAAGGGCCAUCAACAUGAAAUGUUAACUCUCUCUCUCUCCACAGAUGCUGCCUGACCUGAUGAGUGUUUCCAGCAUUUUGUCUUUAACUGUUUAGUAACCAAGUUCACUGCUGAGACUUGAAUUCUCCCCUCUCCCUCCUUUGCUCAAAGCUGAAGAGUUGGUUUCUCUGACCCUUGCUUGUCGAUCCACCCUGAUGCCAAGGGUCAGUAAGGGUCAGUGCUCUCAAUGUCCUUUCUCCACCUGCCUGUGUAGAUAGAGCAGAGUAUAUUCUUACCAAGCAUCCAGCCUUAAAGUGCCAUAUUAUGUUGGUGUAUAUAAACAUUUUAUGGAUUCAUGCAGUUAAACUUCUUUUUGUGUCUGUCUUUGUAUGUGCUUGUCUGUCUGUGUGGGGAUUUUAACAAUUUCCACAGCUGUCUUUGUGAUGGGACGAUCAGGAACCCAGCUGUGGACCUUGCCCCAAAGGUUAAUGUGUAGUGGAUAGUGUGGGAACUCUGACCCCUCAUAUCUGUACCGAAGUGCAAGUUUGUCCUGGUGGAGAUGAUGCUCGCACUGGAACAAGCCAGUGCAUCUGCUGGUCACCUCCACUUGGUACAUUGUCUUGAGUCCUGAGCUGUUGGACCUCCCGUCUUUAAGUUGGAAGAGAUGGGUUCCAUUUCCCCACUUCUGCCAAUGACUCUCACCCCCUCUUACUUUCUCAAGAACCCCCCGCACUCCUGACUGGGGCUGGGGCUGGAGCUGAGCCACAGAAUUCGCCAGGACUGUGGACGUUCUUGUGAUGUGGAAUCACCCAACAGCCAUGGAUCAGGGAUGCCAACUCUACUUGCACCAGCCUCCCACUGUCCUGUUCCCCACUGUCCCACCAUUGGUUGCCUGAUACUCCAAUCCUCAUGAUGCCCUACCCUCAGACUCCUGCCACUGGUUUUUCAAUGCCUUCCCACAGCCAAUCAGAAAACCAGGUGCUCCCUCCAUUACCCAGUUGGACAACACUUGUCCUUUUUGCUGUUUGCCAUUUGUUUCCUCCACCACGUUUUAUUAGUAAUUUUCAAAUUAAAACUUUUAAAAUAAAUCUUUUAAAGCCCCAAUAAAUUUACUCCUGUCUUAGCCCUCGGCUAUGAUUAAUCCUUGAACAGAAGGAAGCUAUAGCACAGAAGAGGCCAUUCAGCCCAUUGUAUCCAUGCUGAUCAACAACAGAAAACUCGGUCCAAAGCCCUGCAGUCCAUGGCUCUCCAGGUUCCCAUCCAAGUACUUUUUAAGUGUUGCAUAGAUUUCUGACAACACUUUUUUCAGGCAGUGGGCUACAGAUCCACUGCACCCUAGAUAAAAAAAAUCUUACCUCCCCUCUUACUCUCCACCACUUACACUGAAUCUCUGCCGACCUGCAUUGGACCAACUCACUCUGAGAGAACGAGCAGGUUCAGACGAAAGUGGUGGAGUAGUCAUCUUUAAAAGAGGAGUUGUGUGUAAGGAGAAUGGUGGGCAAAUAUAAACUGAAAACGGUGUGUGAAGCAGUCCUACUGUUGGGGAGCUCUAAUGGUUGACAGUUAAGUUUAUCUUGUACUCAGUAAGAUAUAUUUUCACCAAGCAAUGGUCAUAUUUCGCUCUCUGUGCACAGACUUAUGAACACUGUAGCUCUGUCUUUGUUUUAUAAGGUUUUUAUUCAUUGUUUGUUCUGCCUGAUCUGAUAGAUAAUUUUAUUUCAAUGUACGAGAUCUCUUAUAUAAUUGUGAUUCUUAAAUAAAGCAAGCUGUGU